UCUAGUAGUGGAGGAAAUUCAAUGUGGCGCCCAAGGACGCCUGAUGCUACAUCUGGCAUCAUAGGUGCGGGCGUUUAUUUUCUUUUAGUGUCGAACAUUGAAACUUGUUAAGUAGAUAUUUAGUCUCGAUUACGUAUUCUCAGUUCCUUAGCUUUGGGUCAGUUCCAGGCACAGAUUGUAGAUAAAUUGCAGAACGCGUUUGCAGCGAUGGCCGACGAAAGAUUUGAUCUUUGCGAAUGCAUAUGGAACCAUGAAUUGGCGACGCAACGCCUACUCGCUAUCUUGAGGCAGAGCCAGAAUUACUGUACGGAGACUGAAUGUUUCUUGCCGGGAUCACGCGACGUUCAAGAGUCCUCAGACUUUUUCACGACUUGUUUAAUUAUUGCAUUCGGGAUCAUUAUGUACGUUCUUAGACCGAACUCGCUUCGUCGAUUGAGAAACGACAAUGCUAAAGAUUCAGAUAACAGACGUGAUUCAAACGAUGACCCUCCUGCACCGCCACCAACAGCGUUUUAAAACGAUAACAAUGAUAGCAAUAUGAUAACGCGAUAUGUUUUCGUGUGAAUUUUCAUGAUAGAAUCUCAUGAGUUCAUGAAAAAAGCGGGAGUAGAGAAAGGAUAAUAACGAUUUGUCCAAUUUAUAUAGCACUUGAAUACAUAGACUGCUACUAAGGAAUGUAAUUUCUUAUAUACACUAGAAAGCAUAAUUUAUACACAUUCUUUCUCUCUCUCACUUUUUCCUUCAGUCUUAUUACUAAUCUCUAUCGCAUACCGGGAGUAUGCGUGAAAAAUUCUAUAAGAAUAUUUUCAUUAAGUUAACCAAAUGAAAAAAAGAUAAAAUCGAAAAUCUAAUACUUCGUCGCGAGCGAGUUAAAAGUAAACUUUCGCGAGCACAUUCAUUUAAAAAACACACUGAAUUGUGGCAACCUGAAAUAAAUUGCCUUGUAUUAGAUUCUUACAAUAAUUGCAUCUAAUAAUCAUCACGAAAAGUUUUAAAUGUAUUUUGAUAUCUGAUGUUAUUGUAAAUAGCCUGAGUACCUGCAAUACAAUAGUAAUGUUGCAUUACGGUAUUUAUGUUAGUAUUGAUAUAAUUUUAUUGGAAAAAUGUAAAUUGGAAUUUUAUGGCGAAUUUAAAUAAUGUUAGACAAAGCGAAUGUCAUCUAUCGAUACCUGUUUAUUUUUAUUUUUUGCGCAUUGUAUAACCAUAGUAUAUAUUAAGGAGUUUUUCUUUCAUUUUGUUUUAUUUUAUUUUUUUUUUUUCAAGGGAAUGGUGCGAUCAGGAUAGAAAACUAGAUAUGAAUAUAGCAGUAUUACAGAUAAUUCAUUCGAUAUGAAUAAAGAAAAUUGAGUAUUUAGAAAAAAUUUUCGAUAAGUUGCGAAAUUGUUCAUUUUCUCUUUCCUCGAAUUAGUAAAAAUUUAAGCUUCGAGAAGUAGUAAUUUAAGAAUAGAACUUAACGACUGUCUGCGCUGAGAACGAAAUAAGGCAUUUACGAUAUAUUUAAAUGAAUUUAUCUCUUCCACUGUUGUACAUUCCCAUAUCAAAUUUUCGACAAUAAAAUAAAUAUCGUGCAUUCUACAUAA